AUGACUUAUCAGGAAGCAUCUUAUCCUGUUACGGUAUGGUGCGGCCAACAGAAAAAGGAACUCGACAUUCAUCUGGUCAAAAAACAAACAUUGGUGGACGUACAACGAGUCAAGAGGACCACAGUAGCGAUGAGCAUCACACAACACACACGACAUCGUCCCACCAUAGCCUUCCUCACAGUGUUCAUUCUCACCAAAGCCUUAGCAACUGACGCACCAACCACGAGUCAAUUGCCUGACUCACUGGACACAAAAAUAGAAACACUUCUGCGUGACUGGCAUCACAAUCCCGAUCUCCUAUUUUCGAUACAUCCGAUCGACGGAAGCUUUUUAAUAUGGCACAUCGAAUGGUUAGACGAGUACCACCCAGGCUCCUUCCGACAAGCUCAAAUUUCAUUUUCCACGCGAAUCCCAAAUGCUUUUCCUUUAGGAGACGCCUCGACUAUGAGUCACAACGUCUCUAUGUAUUCCCAUAAUACCGGCGGCCCUCUACUCAAUAUUCGCGAAGUUUCCAAGUCUUCCACUGCUACCAAGCCCUCGGAUUCGGCCGAGAUCACGACACCACUGCCGAGCCUUAUCGAGCAAGAUGAAGAUCAGUCCACCCUCACCUCGAAAGCGGCCAUGGAGUUUGCGAAAAGUAUUCAAAAUGGAGUCGAACAACAUCACCAGAACGGCAAAGCUACGCAAAACGGCUCUGCCACUGAUGCUCAAAAACAUUCGGAAAAUAUCAAUGACGUGCUUGCACAUCCUAGUCCUAUGGUCUCGAUGGUUUCCAAACAUGCCAAUGGUACUCUAAACCUGUGGCAGCUGACUUUUGCAGAUAAAACGAAAUUCUCUCAAGUGUUGAGCAUUGGUCACGCGUGCAGAGCUUCGGGUCACCGUUUCCGCGUCAACGAUAUAACUUGUCAUCCGGUACUACCUCUUCUACUGACCACGUCUCACCACAAUAUCCCAGAAUUCUCCCCUAAUCAGUCGACUGAAAAAGUAGAAGGUUCCAAUGAGCCAAAAACGCACAAGGACAUAAUGACAGCCACGGGUUUUUGUAGCGAGCUAAUCCUGUGGCGCGUCGACGCGGUCGGACCGCUGUCAAAGAGCGGGGGUGUUUCAGAACUGGCACGCAUCAACUCGCUCGAAAUAUCGGCUUUUAGUAACGUCGCUUGGAUUCCUACGCUCCUGCCAAGCACGACCCUCGGAAACCUGUCCAACUCGCCUAGUGCCUGCUUUGUUGCAAGCGACGGCCAAUGCCUGCGAGUCUAUCAAGCCGUGAUAGACGCCAGAACUCUCUUAGCCGAGGUUUCCAUAAGCGAGCGCCGUAGUCGAAUGAUGGACUCAAUGGCCAGUUUAUCCACCGACAUUUCCUCGGACGACGGCGCUAGACAUUCCAUUCACGACAGAAUCAAGAUCGUAUCGCAGCAGUCGACCGCGAGGCCGGGCUGCGUCAUUCAGCUCGACGCUAUUUCCGACGCAACCCACGAUUGGCAAAAUACUCAGUUCCUACACGUCUUUCAGGAACAAUUAAUCACUGGCGAGCGCAACGACGAAAAGCAGACCGGACUAGACACAUCGCUCAACGAUCUUGGCCUUAUGGAAUCGACGCUGGAUGCAAUGGUGGAUCUGCAACAGUCAUCGAUUUUCGAAGAGCCUUUUUACAUCGUUGUGCUGGAACGUACACCAAAGGGCACGACGGUUCACAUGUGGCGACUCGUCAUCGCCUCGCAGCCCGAAUACCAGGGUCUGAGCGGCUCGAUGAUGUACGUGCCGGAUUCCCAACUAGUCCAAGACGAGGAAGAAGAGGGCACACCGGGUGGGCGCAGAUCUCGUCGGCCUAGCACGUGUGGCAUUGGAUCGCGUAGUCGGCGCAACAGCCAAGCCGAUUACCAGGAAUCAACUUUUGCCCACCAUCGCCACCACAACAGCCACGUACUCAUCAGCACGACCAAGGUCUGCACGCAGGAGCUACCAAUCCCGGAUGGUGUCGAACUUAUCCACGCUGCGCCUGCUGCUGGCCACCUGAGCAGUUCCUCAAUUUACCCGGCCUGUUUCGCGCCUUACAUCAUUGUCACCGCGUGUAGCGACAGCACCGUACGCUUCUGGAAGUGCAAAGUCAGCAAGACGAGCGAGGAACCGGGCAGUCCCUUGCACUACGAAUGGUGCGAGUGGGAGAUGAUACGCAAAGACAAGGAGUCGACGAUCGACAUUACCGGCCAGCCUCUCAACAUCAGCGCGGCUUACAGCGGUCGCAUUGCUUGCGCUUACAAAUAUGGCAAGUCGUUCACGCGGCCAACCAAGGCCGACCCGGACUCGCGUUACGUCAAUCUUUGCGUGGCGAUCUACGAAUGUGAGAGCACUGGAGGCAGCGAGUGGAUUCUCGAAGACACGAUCCACCUAAAGAACAUUCAUUUGCCGAGGAUACAAGUCGAUCAGCAUUUAGAUUUGAGUUACCUCUAUGACAGCCGGUUUCUCCAAAAGAAGCAGAGGCUCACGCAGGUUUUGCAAACGUUGAGCCACGAAGACGUGAGAUCACCGCGGAACGGGGAAAACGGGGGCAACGACAGCGCAAAGGCUGGUCUACUAGCGGUGCCGUCCUUCAGUACUUUGCAGUCUCUCCGCAAGUCGAUAAUCGAGAACGGCAACACUUGCCCCCUGACUCAGAAACAUCUCGUGCAGCUCGACUGGGUAUCCAAGGAGGACGGCUCGCACAUCCUCACCGUGGCUGUUGGCUCGAAAGUCAUGCUGUUCACUCCGGUCUGUUCGGACCUCGCGCAAGCCAACAUGAAAGCUAUGAAGGAAUCCCAGACCGGCAACAGACCUAUAUUGCGAAAGACAUCGUCGCUGGCGCAACCCCAGUUUGUAGACGAAAUCCGAUGGAUGAAACUGAGAAAAAUUGAAUUGAUGACGGCGGACGGUCUACCGCCUCUGCCCAUGCAAAUAUCUUGGGUGAGGGACGGAAUACUGGUGGUGGGCAUGGACUCGGAAAUGCACGUUUACUCACAGUGGAAACCGAAUCCAAAAAUGGACUACUUCCAUUCGGGUCUUCAGCAGCAGCAACAGCAGGAAUCUGACGAAUUUCAAACAAGUCGCAACUUGCGAGACGAAGACUUGCGAACCCUGGCUCACGAGACAUCGCAACGUAGACUGGCCAACGUAUCGUCGAUGACGCACUUGUCUCGAGUCAGCAGUAUCAAUCUGACGAUGCUGGACGCGUGCAAGAAGCGCGGCAUGCAAAAUGAGACCGUGAACCUGGAUUACAUGCCCGACUAUGGGCUAUUCGAGGCCUCCAGAAUAGCUUGUCCCGUACUGCCACAGUAUCACCCAAAGCAGCUAAUGGAACUCCUGAACUCGGGCAAGAUUCGUUGGGUGAAGGCAAUCCUUGCUCACUUGGUGCGCUGCAUCACGAGUUCGUGCCCCAUGCGAGCAGACGACGAAAAUCUCAUGAAACCAAAGUCGAGCGGCUGGUCGCGCUCGCGCACAAUGUCCGUCAGCUACGUGGGUACGACCUCGCCGCUUGAACCCCGUGGUUCCACCACGCAAAUGACCGAGGAGCUGACUCUCGACUACGCAGAGAUAACCUCGAUCUCGCCUCUGCCACUCUGGACGCUCCUGAUCGCCGACCGCGAGACCAACGUGAGUCAACAGAUGGAAGACAAGCAGGACUACAACAAGCUUUUCGAUGGUAACGUUGACGAGGGUGACUCCUUGGAUGACAUGCUCGAGGAGGAUUACGAGUAUUCGCGCCAAAAAGACCGACGCUCUUCCGUACCUGAGCGCCAGGGCAUAUCGAACUUCGGUCCAAGGCAAGGUCGCGUGCUCUCUCGCCUGCUGACCCACAGCCAUCUGCCAGGGCUUUCCAGCCUCGAUCAGAUGCACCUACUUGCCCUCGCUGACACGGUGUCCACGUGCAACGUAGACUUUGCCGAGCGCUUUGCUAUCGACGCUCAGAAGAGCGCAAUCGCCAAGGAGAACCUGACAGGUGUGCCCCUGGGUGAAGCUGUCUCCAUGGACUCGCUGGACGAUUGCGGCCUGCGCUUCCUGUUGGCCAUGAAGCACUACAACUACCUGAUAAGGUGCUUGCCGUUGGCCCAGCGGGCUCAGUUCCAAAAACAGGGCGUCUCGACGAACAAUCUCGUCUGGGCCUUCCAUUCCGAGUCGGAGGAGGAGCUGCUUACUCUGAUACCUUCGUAUGCAAAGGGCCAGCCAAAGUGGGCGGUGCUCAAGGAACUCGGCGUGGGCUGGUGGAUUAGAAACAUGGCGGUGCUCAAGACCUGCAUCGAGAGAAUCGCCAAGGCUGCCUUCCAGCAGGACCAGGAUCCCCUCGACGCUGCCAUUUACUAUCUCGCCAUGAAGAAGAAAAAUCUCGUCUGGGGCCUUUUCAGGAAUAAAAGGGACGAGCGAAUGACCGCCUUUUUCUCCAACAACUUUACCGAGGACAGGUGGAGGAAAGCUGCCCUCAAAAACGCCUUUGCGCUUCUCGGGAAGCAGCGCUUCGAGCACGCCGCGGCCUUUUUCCUUCUCGCUGGGGCGCUUAGAGACGCGAUCGACGUCUGUCUCCACAAACUGAACGACCUCCAGUUGGCAAUGACCGUUGCUCGGCUGUACGAGGACGACAUGACGUCACCGAAUCUAAAGAGGCUCAUGUUCGAAGAAGUGCUGGGCUGUGACAAGGAUGGGAAUAACCAGGACAUCAAUAAAGCCCAUCCCGAUCCCUUUCUGCGCAGCAUGGCCCUUUGGAUUCUCAAGGAUUACUCAGGCUCGCUCAAUACUUUGCUAUUGACCAAUGUGGGGACUCAUCACCCUCAGUAUAAUGACGAGGCCGACAAGCCUGAAGGCUCGACCGCGAACCCGAACGUUUUCAACUUUUAUGUUUACCUAAGAACUCAUCCUUUGCUUAUUAGGCAAUACAUAGCGUCCACUGCUCAAGACAAAAAGAAGGGCCAUUCUGUUAUUAUUUCGGGAUUCAGUUAUGGAACGGAAACAAAGACGCAGCAAGACAAACAGCUCACAUUAGAAGAUACCAUAACUCCCUUGGAAAGACAGCUCUACUUUACAACGGCACAUGCACAUUUCAAAGCCGGAUGUCCAGCACUUGCUUUGGAAGUUUUGUCAAAGUUGCCGAGCAAAGUAAUGGAAACUAACGCCGAGGAUUCUCCUAGUCUCCUGAACAGUCCAAGCAAAACUAGAGCCCAAAACUUUGAAAUAGACACAGGCAUCAUUAGCUGGGAAGACAGCACGAAAAAUUCCACUCAAGACGCGGCUUCUGUAAUGGACUGGUCACAACCCGUAGUCAAAGAGUCGGACGAAUUAGUGCUCAAUUGGGAUGAUGAUCCAGCUGACAACGAUGACGAAAGUCCUCCCAUAAGUAUGAGCUUGGAUAAGAAAAAAGAAGAAAGUGUAGAUAAAGAAGUGGAUAAAGAAGGCAAGGCUCAGUUAUUUUAA